UUAUAAAGAUUCAUGGAACAUGUGAAUUUUCUCUCCUAUUUUCCUUUCCAUUUCUCCUCUUCUCCCCAAGCCAAAACCGGAUUCAACAAUUAUAUAAUUCGGUAAUUCACUUCUCAAUGACGAUGAAUUUCGAGUUUUGAUGAGUUUUUGUGGUUGAAUUUUUCAAAAAAAAGGGGGUGAAAAUUGGAGAAGAAAAUGACAAUGGAUCGAGGGCAAGCAUCGGAGAGAGUUACCGUAGUGCUGUCGAUCGAGUGCUUGAAGGGGAGCUCCAAGGCCGACGAGUGGACCGGCGACAUGCUUCAGACAGGCGACAUAGUGGAGGAGAUAAAGAUCGGAAACUCCGUGUCCGUACGGGCGCCGUUCAAGAACGGCAAGGUCGGAGUCCAGAGGCUUCUGCACAGCUCCUUCAAGUCCAGGGAUACCUCGAUUCAGGUCCGAGUUCGGCGGGGAGAUGACGAGCUCGCUGAGUUGCAGGCGUGUAUUGUGCCGAACGAGUCGGCUGGGAAAAAGCAGUACAUGUUGAGAGCGAUUGAUGAUCCGAACUACGCCGUCGGAUUCUGUGAUCGGACGGAGUCGGAGUGCUUCGCUUUGCAAGCUUCAAGGAACUCCAGGAUGGUUAGUGCACUAACCAGGACUCAGCUUCAAGAUGGAUACGUCGCAUAUCCAUGGGGGAGAAAAAUGCAGGAGUUUCUAUCAGUUCCCAAUUCAAGUUGCUUUCUUUCUAUACUCCUCCUUCCAAAGUCUUCAGAUCGAGCUGCCUCUCGUUACAAUGACCUAGAGGACACCCUUGCUAGAGCAAAUGCAUGGCUCACUGCAUCUCAGUCUGCUGGGGUUCCUGUUGUCUUCAUGAACAUCCACACUGAGUCCCUCCUUACCAAGAUAUCUGGAGAGACAGCUUCUUCCACUGUGAAUAUUGCUGGUUCAUUGUCAGAUUUAGCUAAUCUGGCAAAUGCUAGCCUGUAUGGUUUUGAGGAUUACCAUGGUGUGGACAUUGGAGUGGUUAGGGCUGUUCGUCUCUGGUAUGCACCUCUAGGGUGUGAGUUUCCAAUGGAGAUCAAAAUCAAAGAAAGUGAUACAAAGCUCGGGUUUGCCAUUAGUCGCACAGAAGAGGGCUUUAUAUACAUAUCAUCAGUCAUUGAUGGUGAUGACAAUGCACCUUCAACCCGGUCGGGUCUUAGCAACCUUUACAAAGAAGCAAUGGCUGCAUCUAAGUUGCUAGUAGUCUCCAGGGUAUCAAACCAGAAAGUUCUUCCAUGGAUGGUUUCUUCAACAGGAGCAAUCCGAUGCUUCGAUACAGUCUCUCUCAGCCAGAAGCUGUCACUGCAUCGGCAUGCCAAGGUGCCUAUCCUCAUUCAUAUUUUCUUGUGGAACCAAGCAUUGGCUUCUACCAGUGGAUGCAGCACCAGGUCUGGGGCCAUCUCCACCCCACCUGUCAUGGCAUUGCCCCCUGAAAUUCAAUUGGCUCGUCAACCAAAUGAGAAUCAAAUAAUGCCUCUGCCCCCUGAAGCUCCUGAUGACAGUAUAUCUUUAAGUGAUGGGCGUGAUCCGAGGCCGGAUAGAGACACAGCUGGGGACGUUUCCUUCAGAUUCCACGAUUUUGCACUUCCAAACAACUGGGUAUGAUUUUUGGUCUGUACCGUAUUUUCUUCAUUUGGUUGUUGUACAUAGAAAAAAAUCUUGUAACACUACUAUAGGUUGAAGCUGGUUGUUCAUGGUUAGCUGGAAAGAAGAUAAAAAGGGUAUAGAAGUAUUCACAGAAUAGAGUGCAGCAUCGAUAAGAUGUGCCAUUGUUCCCUUUAGUCAUAUGGGUUUUAGGAUGUAAGAACUUUUGAGAUAGCAAGUGCCACUCGUCUUCUUCCUUUUUCCUCUGUAACCAGUAAGUGGUCAAAAGGCUUGGUUUCUAAUAUAAGUUGCAGGCAGGUA